AGUCAGGAGGAAAAAAAAAGAAGCAAAAGCAAGGUAUCAGAAACAAAAUAUAUAAAAAACUCUCUCUCUCUAAAAUCUUGAAUCAGGAUUCAGAACCCGAAGGGCAGCAGCUUCAGAUUCCGUCGGCGAUCCCCAAAUCUUCUAAAUCUCCGAUCAAUUCCCAACGUCCAAUCGCCAUCCAAUCGAUUCAUCAGGCUCAAGUGCCCUUUACUAAAUUUGGAAUUUGGAUAGAUUCGUUCCGAUCUGAAUUCCCCUGCAACGGCAGUUUCCUUAUACAGUCUCGUGAUCCCGAUCGAGGAUUGGAGUUUCAUACGAUCUGGAUUUGGGUCUCUUCUGGGUUUGUCAAGGCAAAGAUAAAAUUUUGUGCAGAUUCGACAAGCUGGAUUCAACAAUGGUCGACUGCCGUAGCUUAAUUGAAUUCUGCCGAGCUUUUGAGCAGCACCGAAAUAAGCCAAAACCCCAAUCAUCACUGGACAACCACCGGAGCUUGAAGAAAUCGAAAUCACUGAACCCACUUUCUCACCCUUUUUGUGAGCACUCCGCUUUUGCAGCCAUUGACAUAAUUUUGCUCCUUCUAGUCCUCGGAGCUCUCACAGUCCUCGUGCUCCCUUACUUCAAGUUCAUCUUCGAUGAAGUUUCAGAGCUGUUUCCGGUAGCAAUGGAAAUCAUGGCAGAAGUUAUCUACCAUGCUCCGAUUGCCUAUUUUGUUGGACUGAUUCUAAUGCUUAUCACUGUAAUUGCGAUGUGGGAAGUGGUUAAUCACCAGUUUAGGAAAUGUGGGAAUCCUUACUGUAAAGGGCUUAAAAAAGCAGUUGAGUUUGAUAUUCAGUUGGAAUCUGAGGAAUGUUUGAAGUAUUUGCCACCGGUGUCAAAGGAAGCAUUUGGGAGUCGUCCAUUGGAACUAGGAGAUGAUCAUAAGGAACUCGAGGCUGAGCUCAAGAAGAUGGCACCUUUGAAUGGGCGAACUGUUUUGAUCUUUAGGGCUCCUUGUGGAUGCCCGGCAGGGAGAAUGGAGGUCUGGGGAGCAAAGAAAGUGAGGAGGAUUAAGAAGUAGAGAUACAUAGUUUUUUCUGUUCUUCGUACUUUUAUUCUCUUUAUAGCAAUAAGUACAAACAGAUAUAAAAAGUUGUUCGCUCAUCCAUUUUGCCUGUCGCUACUGAAUAAACGGCACUAUGUAUCGAGGAGUCUUGAGUCCUUGUUUCCCUCAAUGGAUUAAAGCAACUUCACCAUUAAUAUCAGAUACUUUUACAUAUCAUU